AUGCGACAGCUUGCACACUCGGCGUCCACCAACACAUAUAAACCUCGCACGUAUUCACUUCUAACUCCGACCAUGCCACGUAACCGCUCAUCGUUCGCUGCGAGCGACUCCACCUUCAGCUACUCAGAACUUGACGAGAGAGAGGACACCACGGGGCCUGCAUAUGACGACCCCUUCGUGUCGGAUGACGAGCUGGAGUCCAGCGAUGAAGACACAGACGAAGAAAAUGAAGAGCAAGACAUGGAUGACGCUGCCAGCUGGCGCGUAUGGGAACCCAGCAGCGACAACUCGGAGACGGGCUGGCGGCCACCAGAUCCCGAGCGGGAGAUGGAGACGACAGACGGCGCAGAUCGCCUUCGCACGUUCCAGCAGCUUCCCGGCGAGGCACAAGUCCGGGUCGUCGUGCUUCAUCAAGCGGAAGGCGUCCCGAUCAUGCAGGCCAUCGACGAGGUUGCCGCUGAGCACCGCCUUCGUCUGCACGAGCAGCCGAUCCAGGCUCGAGAGGCACGCGCCGCGGCGGCCCGCCUAAUGCUCGAGCGCGUCGACGAGAACCUAUUCAACCACUGGCUUCGGUUGAACAUCCUGGUCCAGGCCCUUCCCGCAGAGCAACAAGAGACAGGUCGCCGUGUGCUGCGCCUGGUGUCCGCCGAUCCUCGGGGCCUGAAGAACGUCUACGCCGCGACCAGUGCGGCUGUCGCCCUGAACAACCCCUUCAUCGACCGCUCCCUCCACGCCAUCGCAGUCAGUGCCCACUCGUCCAACCGUAACAGCGAGGACUUGCGCGGUCUGCACCGCUACGACAGGAGCCAGACACUGCCUGACCCCGAGCCUGUCGAGGACCCGCCGGCGAACAUUUGCACUCCGAACCACCUGCUGGCCGGCGAGAAGAAGCUGUUCGAGGCCAGCAGGAGGAUGUGGAGGGCUCUGAAGAAACACAGAGACAUCGUUGACCAGUUGGUGGACGAGAUACUGACGUCGUCGAGCCUUGAUGACGAUAAUCCAGUGAUGAAAGAGCUGCGACAGAUCGAGCCUGGUUACUCAGCCGAAGAGGCGGCUCGACAAGUAAUCAAUCGCCGCUUGGGAUCACCUGCUUGGAACGAUGUAGGGACGCGCGACUUACCGGCCAUGCUUCUCGGUACGUUCUUCAAGUGUGUCUUGGGGACGUGGGAUCGACCAAGUUGGGACGUCCUGUGGGAUGUUGCCAACUGGGAACAGUGGCAUAUCAAGUCGCCGGCGCUUGCCGCUCAUAAAGCAAUCAAGCCACUCCUCAGGAUGGCCAAGAGCCUGGGUAUUUCGGUAAAGAAGAGUAGGGAAGUGCUUUUGCUGGAUAUUAAGGACCUGGGACCAAGCCCCGCCAGUGCAAGGAGGGAGCGGUUCCUGCACGAGCUUGACGAGAUGGACACGGUGAGCCAUGGCGCUGGGAAUUUCGACGAACUCUGCCGUGUGAUGCGCGACGACAUCCUCACGUGGCCCACGACGGUCAGAAACAGAAUUUUCACGCUUUCCAUGCUGUGGAAAGCUUGGGAAAGCACCGAAAUGCUGAGCGGGGCUACUACCGUCAUUCUGAAUCCCCUGAGGAUGCUCAACAGCGAACCGACAGAGCUAGAAAGGCCGUCGAGCCUGACGUACUUGAUAUCGGUUAGAGCGAGGAGGCGCAACUGGCUUGUGAAGAACCUUUCGCGGUUUAGCCUUUACCACCACGACGCCGUCAGGCAGUUCAGGGGGCUCGUGGAGGGCUGCCAAAAUGCUCGUGCCAAGGCACUGAUCCUCGAGGGCAUUCCCGAGUGCGGAUACGGCGCGAACCUGGAGCGGGCUCGUGACAUCGCCAAAGCUGCGAACCUUGCAAAGCCCAUAGUCGACAGCGCCGAUAUGCUCUUGGCGCAGCAGCUCCAGAUGGAGGCCGUGUCUAAGCGGAUCAGGGUGCUCGAGCACCAACACCUCGAAUAUUUUCGUCGGCUCUACAUGCCUACCAUCGAGCGCAUCUUAGUCGGCAGAGCCAAGGAGGCGGUUGAUCUCGAGAUCCUAAUGUACCAGAUGCCAAUCGACUACCACCACUACUGCGGUCGCGCCGACCUCGGCCCUGCGCUCCGCAAGAUCGUCGACGCCGCCGAACAGCACGAGGAUCUGGAAAUCAUCAGCGAGCUGUCUGUCGCCGCAGCAAAUGAGCCGCUGGAGGCAGUCCUCGACCUGAUAGCAAAGCACCUCGAGGACAGCGAGGGCACGUACCUGGCAUCCGAAGAAGUCCGACUCAUUACGGAACUUCUCUUCCGCUUCCUGUACCUCACCUUCGAGGAAACACUCAUCACCCGGGUCGACAUUGCCAGAUGCCUGACGCGCCACUGCUGGUUCUUCGGCCUCUACCGGGCGUGGAUGGACUGGCAAGCCGACCUGUGCGUCCUCGUCGACACUCUAUCGGCCUCCCUGCACGACAGCCGCGAGGACUGGCCAGAGCAUCGGCAGGGUGUGAGCGCCGAUCUGGCGGCGGCGCUGCGGGAGCCGGACAAGGACUUCAAGGCGAUCGAGAUCCUCGUGUCACGAGAGGCUUGUCACUUGCCAUCCAGCACGAAGGUCGAAGUCUUCCGGCUGUUCGACCAGCUGCAUCUGCUGCGGAUAGCCACGGGCGUAUACCUCGACCUCCCGGAUCGAGCAGACGCGUACGUGCUGCCAGAGGACUUCAUCGUGGGCGAGGCCGGGCGGUCGUGGGGCGAGGACGAGGACGCGCUGUCGAUGGUGUGGCUGCACGAGAUCGUCCGGUUUGACAAGAGCGUGCUGGAUGGUGGGAAGGCGAGCCUGGUGGAUCGGCGGGCAAAGAAGUUUGGCCAUAACGACCGGUUGAAAAGUUGGGGGCUUGAGGAGCUGUGCGAGCGUCCCGUGGACGAGGAUUGUGGCGGCGGAGGAUCCGCUCCGGUGGUAUAUAGGUAUUGA